AUGGAAUUCUGGGGUGUUGAAGUUAAGGCCGGGAAGCCUCUGAAAGUGACGCCUGAAGAGGGCUGUCUUCUACACGUCUCUCAGGCGGCGCUCGACGGCAAAAGCAAGAAGGGAGAGUCUGUGCUCUUGUAUGUGACUGUUGAUGGGAAGAAGCUUGUGAUUGGGACACUUUCUCAGGAAAACAUUCCUCAGAUUAGCUUUGAUCUCGUCUUUGAGAACGAGUUUGAGCUCUCCACCAGCUCGGAGAAAGCGAGUGUCCACUUCGUUGGAUACAAGUCCCCCGACAUCGAUAUGGAAGAAGAAGGCGAGGAUGAUUACUCUUCUGCUGAAGAGGAAGAGGAAGAGGAGGUUCCUGAAGCUGUCCCUGUCAAUGCUGUUCCUGCAUCAGUAGCUCCUUCCGCCAAUGUUGUCAAGGCCGAAACAAAGGCAAAGGCCGCCGAGCCUGUGGCAGUGAAGCCUGAAGCAGACGAGUCUGAUGAUGAAACAUCUGACGAGGAAGACGACUCUUCUGAAGAUGACGCCGCCUUGAAAAUGGACAUUGACGAAGAUGAGUUGGAUACUGACGUGGAUGAGGAUGAUUCAGAGGAUGAGUCUGAAGAAGAGGAGGCACCUAAGCAGCCUGAGCCAAUCAGCAAGAAGAGGGCUAAUGAAUCUGGAUCCAAGGCACCCGUCUCAGCGAAGAAGGCCAAGCCAGCUACUACUCCUCAGAAGACAGAAGAGAAGAAGAAGGGAGGACACGCUGCUACACCACACCCAGCUAAAAAGGGUGGAAAGAGUCCUCAGAAUGCUAACCAGAGCCCCAAGUCUGGUGGUCAGUCAUCCGCUGGUGGUUCCAACAACAAGAAGCCAUUCAACAACAACUCGGGCAAGCAGUUUGGAUCCAACAACAAGGGUGGCAAGGGAAAGGGCAAGGCCAGAGCCUAA